UAAUUUAAGUAGAGUUGUCAAGCAUUGUCCUUUGUUAAGGCGUUCUUACUUUAUAAGAUACAGUUCCAAGAUCAUAUUACAAAACUGUCUUCGAAUGAAAAACAUCGAUUAUUUGAGUGAAGGCGAAAAUGAAUAUCUUAAGGAACGUAUUUUUGUUGGUUGUUUUCGUGUGCGUGUUACAUGAAGUGGUCACUUUAGAUCAAAAAACAGGAAAGAAACGGCUUCGAAGAGACACAGUAAGAAAUCCACUUCGCAGAUGGCCAAACGGAGUUGUUCCUUAUACAUUCGCAUUAUCUGCAGGACUCCAAACAAGAUCAGCAUUUAGGGCAGCCAUUUAUGAAAUUCAAAAGAUUUCUUGUGUUCGAUUUGUACAAAGAACUACAGAAGUAGAUUAUGUUCGAAUAAUCACAGGUGUAGGAUGUUACUCGAUUAUUGGAAGGGAUGGAGGAAGGCAAGAUCUUUCUCUAGGAGAUGGCUGCUACCGAAAAGGAAUAGCCGUCCACGAAACAUUGCAUUUGUUGGGAUUCUUUCAUGAGCAAUCCAGACUUGACCGUGAUGAACAUGUUACAGUGCAUUAUUACAACACCAUGGAAAAUUCGAAAAGACAGUUCAAAAAAUACAAACCACAAGAUGGCGACACACUUGGGGAAGAGUAUGACCCUGACUCUAUCAUGCAUUACUCAAAUUCAGCUUUCAGUAAAAACGGUCGCGCUACAAUCACCUACGUAAAGGAUCCGAGAAAGAGAUUGGGACAGCGAGACCAAUUAAGCAAAAUUGAUAUUCGCCAAUUAAACAAGCUAUACAAGUGCGCAAAAACGCUGAAAAAUAACAAUACUUUACGUCAAAAAACUGGGAACAAGACUGUUCACAUUGUUGUAGUGGAUAAAUGUCGGGACGACCCAUGGUCUUCAUUUAGUGGGCAAUGUACGUUCUAUUCUUUUAUGGGCCACUGUUACCACUCACCACAACGAAUGUCGUAUCUCUGUCCAAAGACUUGCGGGUAUUGUCGACCAACUUGCAUUGAUACCUCUGAUUAUUGCACUUUUUUUUCGUUUUACGGAUACUGUCUAAAUAACAGUGUCGUGCGACAACGCUGUCGGAAAACUUGCGGUAUUUGUAGACGGGGUUAAAUAAAAAUUUCAGGCGUCUAUUCAAAACACAAAACAUGCAGUAGUGAGAGAAUGACACAUCUGAUGCGUCAAACAUAACACUUUACAUAUUCACACUUUCAAAUUACUUCCGUAUAUUGUAGUUAGAAAAAUUUAUAUUUUUAAAAACAAAAUUCAUGUACCGCACGAGUAA